UUGUGCCCCGCCAUGGCCCGAGACAUCGCCCACGGUGACCGGGCGGAGAACGCCAAGGCCCGCGCGGGGCCGGGGCCGCGGGGCGGCGGGGACAGCGCGGGGACAGCGCGGGGACACCGCCCGGCCCCGAGCACAUGCCGGCGGCCCGGGCGCGGCGCAGCCAAUGGCGGCGGGGCAGGACAUGAUGUCAGAGGGGCUGUAGAAAAGGCGCGGAGCCCCGCGCCGUGCCCGCGCUGCAGACGCGCCGCUCGCAGCUCCGCCGCGGCUCCGGCUCCGGCUGCGCUCCCGCCCCGGGCCCCGCGGGCCGCGCCGCUUUAAGGACAGAGGGGGGCCGCCAGUGCCCGUCCCAUCUGGUGCCCGUCCAACUCUUCCUCCUUCCCCUUGGCUUUUUCUUUUCCCAAUGAGCUCCAGCGGGCUGGGGGAGGAGCGGGGGAAGGAGCAAACUUUGCCCCUGAGCUGCCGCCGCUGCCAGCCCUCUGGACUGUGAGUGCGUACGGUGGGCAUCCGCCCCAGCCUCCCUGCAGCACCAGCCUGCUCUCCGCCUGCUGCAGCCUCCCUCUCCCUUGCUUUCCUCCUCUAAAUUUCGCACAGUACGAUGUAAGAGGCUUGUCGUAAUUUUUUUCUAAUUCUUAUUUAUUUCUCACCGAAGAUGGUUUAAUUUUUUUUUUAUAUUUCUACUAUUUAUUAAUCCCUCCCAACCGUAAGCGUGCCCAGCCUUCUGCCAGCUGGGCCAGAGCAUAAAGCCUGGGACUGCACCUGGGCAAUGAGCCCUGCACUGAAGAAGCCUCCUAGAGAGAUGUGCCGGGGCCGCGCAACAGACUAGAUCCAAGCCCCGAAGCCUACACCACCAGUUAUCCCCUCUCCCUCAUCCCCUGCGCCCGCCUUUCUGCACCCCAUCCCUUGAAACCUCGGAUCAGUGCCUGCGCCGCGCUCCGGAGAGCUCUGCCGGGGAAAAUCCCGGUGCCCAAGGAGAGACGGGGCGGCCGUGCUAGAUGCAUGGGGGAGGGCUCCGGUUAAUGCAAGUUCUGGGCUCCUGCAGGGACCCCGACAACUGUCAGCAGCAACAGCAGCUCGGGCCCUCCUCCUCCGCGUCCUCAGCGAUGCUUUUCCACAGUCUUUCCGGCUCGGAGAUGCACGGGGUCAUCGACGAGAUGGAUCGGAGAAGCAAAAGCGAAGCACCGGCCAUCAGCUCGGCUAUAGACAGGGGAGAGACGGAAACGACCAUGCCUUCCAUCAGCAGUGACAGGGCUGCCCUGUGCGCCGGCUGCGGGGGCAAAAUCUCGGACCGCUAUUACCUCCUGGCUGUGGACAAACAGUGGCACAUGCGCUGCCUGAAGUGCUGCGAAUGUAAACUCAACCUGGAGUCCGAGCUCACCUGCUUCAGCAAGGACGGCAGCAUCUACUGCAAGGAGGACUAUUACAGGAGGUUUUCGGUGCAGAGAUGUGCGAGAUGUCACCUGGGGAUUUCUGCCUCCGAGAUGGUCAUGAGGGCCAGGGAUUUGGUAUAUCACUUAAAUUGCUUCACUUGCACCACUUGUAACAAGAUGCUGACCACUGGCGAUCACUUUGGCAUGAAGGACAAUCUGGUGUACUGCCGCCUCCAUUUCGAGACUCUCAUCCAGGGGGAGUACCAGGUGCAUUUCAAUCACUCGGAUGUAGCCGCUGGGAAGGGCCCGGCUUUGGGAGCGGGCUCUGCCAACACUUUGGGACUGCCUUAUUACAAUGGCGUGGGGACUGUCCAGAAGGGGAGACCCAGGAAAAGAAAAAGCCCGGGGCCUGGAGCAGAUCUGGCAGCCUACAAUGCAGCUUUAAGUUGCAAUGAAAACGAUGGUGACCACCUGGACAGAGACCAGCAAUACCCCAGCAAUCAAAAAACCAAGCGCAUGAGGACGUCCUUCAAACACCACCAGCUGCGGACAAUGAAGUCAUACUUUGCUAUUAACCACAACCCCGAUGCCAAGGACUUGAAACAGCUAGCUCAGAAAACUGGCCUCACCAAAAGAGUUCUUCAGGUUUGGUUUCAAAAUGCUCGAGCCAAAUUCAGACGGAACCUCUUACGUCAAGAAAACACAGGGGUGGAUAAGACUUCAGACUCAACACUCCAAGCAGGGACCCCAUCAGGUCCUGCCUCAGAAAUAUCCAAUGCCUCCAUGAGUCCAUCCAGCACUCCCACUACUUUAACAGACUUGACUAAUCCCACUAUGCCAACUGUGACGUCGGUCUUGACAUCAGUGCCCGGAAGUCUUGAGGUUCAUGAAUCUCGAAGUCCUUCACAGACAACCCUUACAAAUCUUUUCUGA